UUAAUUAGAAAUCAACCAAUUAGUCAAAAGUGAAUAAUGAAUGUGACCGUGUACUAGAAACUAAUUAAUAAACACUAAAAAUGGAUUACGAGCAACACAACGAAGUCUCAACUUCCUACAAUAACGUUAGUUUGAAACACAAUAACUAUAGUGAAUGCAAGAACGAUUACGACUACGACGUAAGGAAAUACGAUAAAGAGUAUUCCGUUAAUUACCGGAUGAAAUUGGAUGAACAAAUAAACCAGGGGAAUCUAAGCACGCCGUUUUCAGUCAAAGACAUAUUGAACAUAAAUCAGACAUCGUAUUACGAAAGGAGUGAAUGGAAACCGGACAGGGAUCGACGGAAUCCUGAGUACGAAACGUUAUACCACCAAAGUCAGUACUGCCCCGAGUACUUCAGCCAAGUUUACCCAAACAUCCCCGUACCCAACGACCCGUAUUGGACCCCUGAGAUAUACCAUGAAGCGAAAAUAGAAGAUUAUUAUAACUACAACCCCUAUUGCAAUUUAUACCAUCAGAAUCAUGAAUAUCCAGAUUUAACAGGGCAUCACAAUAUGGUCGAAGUACCAGGGAAGGAUAACGUUGAAAGAGAUCAUCCGGGCUUAGGUGUUAAAGGGGUGGAGAAAAGCGUUCAACAGCUGGCGCCUGAAAGCACGCCGUUCUCGGAAACAUUGCAAAAAUUCCCGUCUUUAGCUAAAAAACAGUCAAAGCCAUCGUGCAGCAGUAAACUAGAAAAAAAGAAUGUAAAGCGGAAACCUAGGAUCCUAUUCUCGCAGACGCAAGUCCACGCCCUAGAAGUCCGAUUCCGAGCCCAGAGGUACCUCACAGCACCGGAAAGAGAGCAACUGGCGAAAACAUUAAACCUAUCGCCCACCCAAGUAAAAAUCUGGUUCCAAAAUCGAAGAUACAAAAGCAAAAGGAUCAAAUCGCCGGAAGUGUCAACAUCCACAGAUGCUAAACCUAUCAAGAAUAUCGGUAGGAAACUGUACAGGCCAGAAAAUAGGGACGAUCUACCACCUCCUUACGAGUUCAAAGUUGAGAGCCUUCCUGAACCCGACAACAUGACUUCUACAAUCUAUUUCGACGAUAGUUUGACAUACGAAGAAAACGACGCAGAGAAAUACUAUUCUAGACAAUUAAAUGAAGAAGUAAGUGUAUGUACUAGUUCUAUAACGGAUAUUUAUCAAGGAGAAAUAAAAGAAGAAAUUUAUAAAGAAGCCGAUAUGAAAAAAUAUUUUCCUGUAAGCUACGUUUGUUGAUAGUUAUUAGGGAUAACACCGCUUUAUGCUAGGUCUCUAUAUACGUACAUGCUCAACAAUCAUUCAAGCAAGUUCGAAUGUGUAAACGCAACGAAGCCUUGGUUUCUUUGCUCUACGAAGCUUGAUAGUCAAGCAUAUUAUAUCUUCCUAGAUAAUCAUUAAUUGUGUAGAUAUCUGUGGUUUAGAUAUUUAAAUUAACUU